GUGAGACAUGGGAAAAUAUUGACCUGUAAUGUUUGUUAUGGCAGCAGCUGGGCCCGGGUGAGGGGUUAGGGGGAAACUAAAUAAAUUCUCCUCAUUCCACUUUUUGUUUCCCCGUAUAGUGGCCGCGGCGUGUGGCCCCAGGGACUGGCUCAUCUGUGAUUUAGCAGCUAAUUUGAUUCAAGUGCUCCACCAUGGGUAACGUUAACAAGUCCAUGAUGGAAGCCACUCGUAAAAACCAAGAAUUUAUGCUGGAGACUCAGAGAGUUCAACUUGAGAGACAGAUCCACAUGCAGAAUGAAAUGCGUCAGAAAAUGAUGUCAAUGCAGAUAGCACGAUCAAGAGAGCUUUUGUAUUGGUUUGGAGCAUUUUAUGCUGUUGCUGCUAUAGGAAUGAUAACUGGAUUUCGGCGCACUCGGAAGCCUGGCACACUGGUCCCCCUGCUUCCACUCACCUUCGUUUUGGCAUAUCAGGCAGACUUAGCAUAUGGUUCCAAGCUCAACAGAAUUAAAAUGGAAGCCGAGAACAUCUUAAUCUUUGAGCAUGAACUAGUGUCCCUUCCCAUGGGAGUUCCAACCCCUGCUACGAUUGACGAGGCUCGAGAGCGGCAGGAGGAGACCAAGCGACUUAAUAAGGUUCAUGAAUACUAGCCCACCACUCUCUUGAGAGGUCCAGUACACCAGCAUACUUAGCUCCUCAACUGAAGUAAAUCACCCUACUAUUGCUUGCCCAGCCUGGUUUAGUGUGUGUUUAUAGAUGAGAUUUGUUUAGGCACUAAUAAAACAUCCAAUGCAACCCCCUUAAUUUGGCAUUCGUUGGAUGCCUAGAUUUAUCUGUUUGCCCAAAGUCAACUUAUUUUCUUUUAAGGAGUCAAUUUAACUUACAGGAAAUUUAGGCAUUUCAAACAAAUUUUGUGGCCAUUACUGGAAGGCAAGUAAAUGCAAGUUACAGCACAGGUACAUUUCAUCAAUGUGAUAGGAAUGAUUGUAUGGAUAAUUCAGUACAGUCGGCCCUUGGUCUGCAUAAGGGAUGCAUUCUGGGAAAGUCUCGGCUCGAGCACGUUUACGCAAACUUUAUAUGGGAAAAAUAGAUGCAUCCCAGAGAUUCUCAAGGACUGCUCGCUCCUUCCUUCUCCCCUUCUUCUGAGCAAUAUUAUUAAGCACUGCCACCUUCCAGCCACAGAUAUACACUACCGUGUAAAGUAGCUCUGAAUGCUUGUCAGAGGUGUAGACAAUCGUAAACAUUGUAAUUUAGUCGUAGAGGUAACUUUGGAUGCAGAACGUUAGCAUAGUACCAGUGCAAGAAUGUAAUGCAGAAAAUUGCAUAUAAGAAAUGGAAACCUUGCACUAAGCAAACUAUGCCUUUUGCAUAGCAAAUUUUGGUGUUAAAUGCCUACUUCUUGCAAAGCAAAUUUCAAACAUACUGAACUUGUGCACAUCAAGGGCUGACUGUAAGCUGGUUAAUUUGAGAUUACUUGGCACAAACCGUCAAGCUCAGAAGGAUAUACUGUUUGCACAAAAAACAGGCACAUUUAUAUGCAUGCUCUCACACAUUCAAAUGUAUGCUCAUGCACACACAUUCCUAUGAAUGCUCAUACACAAGCAUGCUCAUGCACAUUCACACACAAUGCGAAAACUGAAGAAGAGUCAAAACACAGGACCGUAAAGAAGCUGUUGGACAACCUGGAUAAACUUCAGGGAUGGUUGGAGAAAUGACUAUUAGACUUCAACCCCUAAUAAAUGCAAGAUAAUUAGAAUUGGGGUGGUAUUUGAAAGCCCCAUUGAAUAAUGUGAAAUAAAAGAAAGAUGACACUGUAACAGAGAACAGUCUGGAAAUUAAUAUAACCUCUAAUCUAGCUGCAGAGGCUUUCAUAUAAAUAGGAUAUCAUCAACAGCACAUUUACCUGAGGGUAGUCUCGACAAGGACAGGAAGCUGGCUGCUUGACAAAGGUCCCCCUCCCCCCCCAACCCUAUUUGCCCUGAUGAUCUUUUCUAGCUGUAUUUUAAACCCCAGCAUAGUUUUGCCGUUUAUGGCUUCGGCGGGAAGGCGGUUCCAGGAGAUUUGUGAAACUAGCAAACAUAGAAACGUAUUUAGGCCCACUCUAAAAAGGAGGCCUUCAGAGAGCAGUGUACACUGUGUAUGUUAGACCCAUUCUGGUGUAUGCCACCUCCAGUCGAUCUCCCAC